GCCCCGCCAGGCCUCUGUGGGUGCAUGCGUGCGUUCUGGCCUCGCAGGCUCUCCGGGCCGCAGUGGAAGACAGCCAGCGCUGAUCCCUGUCCGGGUGGGUUUUAUGCCGCUCUUACACUUGCCUGAGGCCGGAGCAAGUGACCUUUGAGGAUGUGGUCGUGGACUUCACCUGGGAGGAGUGGGGACAGCUGAAGCCUGCCCAAAGGACCCUGUACUGUGAUGUGAUGCUGGAGACCUUCAGGCUCCUAGUCUCUGUGGAUAGGUCCCACUGGAGGUGACAAGACAGCUGCCAGUGUGCCUUUCCUGGGUCCAAAACUAGCAGAAAGGACAGGAUCUGUGUCCUAGGCAUCUAUCAAAGGCUCCUGGAUUGUCUGGGUUUGGCUGCCAGGUCCCCUUCAUAGUGGUCAUCGUUGCCAGUGGGCAGAGGAGGAAGCAGAGCUCUGAUUGGCCAUGCCUGGGUCAUACGUCCAUCCCAGAACUAGGGUGGGAUCAAGGACUGAGAGUGGGAGAAUGGAGUCCUUGAGGAGCAUCAGAGGCUGUUACAUUGACAACUGUGGCCACUCGGGACCCCAGCCACUUGGGACUUGGAAGACCAGAGGUGGAGUGGGCAGAGGGAUAGGGAGGGUCCUGUGACACAAAAGCUCACUCCAUGGGUCUCUCUGUGAGCAGGACAUUGGUUUCCGAAUCCAGACGUCAUCUCCCUGCUGGUGCAAGAGGCAAAGCCGUGGGCAGUAGACUCUGGAGUUCCCCAAGGCAUGUGCCCAGACUUGGAAACUAGACCGAAAGUCAAACUGUCAGCUCCAAAGCAAGGCAUCUCUGAAGAAGAAUUGACCAGUGUUAGCUUGGUAGAAAGAUUCCUGUGGAAUGGUCUGUGGUACUGCAAGGGUGAGGACAACAAGGGCUGCUGGGAAUGGAGUCAUGAGUGCCUAGAGAGCUGUGUGGUGAAGGUGGCCUUCACGUCUGAGGACACACUAACUCAGGAGCAGUGGCAAGGGAAUGGGUUUGGGGAAGACUUGAGUCUGAGCCUCAAUCUCACAACUCAACCAGUGACUCCUAAAAGGUGUGGUCCCCACACAUGGGGAACACACAGAAAGAUGGAGAAGCCAGACUCAAAGUUGAAUGCUCUACAGAAAACCUAUGCAAAAGAGAAACCUUACAAAUGUCAGGAAUGUGGAAAGGCCUUUAGUCACAGCUCAGCACUUGUUGAACACCACCGAACGCACACAGGAGAGAGACCGUAUGAAUGUCAUGAAUGUGGAAAAGCCUUCCGAAACAGCUCAGCACUUACCAAACACCAGAGAAUCCAUACUGGGGAGAAACCCUAUAAAUGCACUCAGUGUGGGAAGACCUUCAACCAAAUUGCCCCACUGAUCCAGCACCAGAGAACUCACACGGGUGAGAAACCCUACGAAUGUAGUGAAUGUGGGAAAUCUUUCAGUUUUAGGUCCUCCUUUAGUCAACAUGAGCGGACUCACACAGGUGAGAAGCCCUAUGAGUGUAGUGAGUGUGGGAAAGCCUUCCGCCAGAGUAUCCACCUCACCCAGCACCUGCGAAUCCACACGGGGGAGAAACCAUAUCAGUGUGGAGAGUGUGGCAAAGCCUUCAGCCACAGCUCGUCUUUAACCAAACAUCAGCGAAUCCACACUGGGGAGAAACCCUACGAGUGCCAUGAGUGUGGAAAAGCCUUCACCCAGAUUACACCACUAAUUCAGCAUCAAAGGACCCAUACAGGAGAGAAGCCCUAUGAGUGCAACGAUUGUGGAAAAGCCUUCAGCCAGAGCACACUCCUGACUGAGCACCGGAGGAUUCACACCGGAGAGAAGCCCUAUGGAUGCAACGAGUGUGGGAAAACCUUCAGUCAUAGCUCCUCACUCAACCAGCAUGAGCGGACUCAUACAGGCGAGAAGCCCUAUGAGUGCAGUCAGUGUGGGAAGGCCUUCCGGCAGAGCACGCACCUCACUCAGCAUCAGAGGAUCCAUACAGGGGAGAAACCCUAUGAGUGCAGCGACUGCGGCAAGGCCUUCAGCCACAGCUCAUCCUUAACCAAACAUCAGCGAAUCCACACUGGGGAGAAGCCCUAUGAAUGUAAUGAAUGUGGCAGAGCCUUCAGCCAGCUUGCUCCCCUCAUUCAACACCAAAGGAUCCACACAGGAGAGAAGCCCUAUGCAUGUAAUGAGUGCAGCAGAGCCUUCAGCCAGAGCUCCCUUCUCAUUGAACACCAGAGGAUUCACACCAAGGAAAAGCCCUAUGGGUGCAAUGAGUGUGGGAAAUGCUUCAGUCACAGCUCUUCACUUAGCCAGCAUGAAAGGACACACACUGGGGAAAAGCCCUACGAAUGUCAGGAUUGCAGAAAGUCAUUCAGGCAGAGCACCCACCUCACUCAGCACCGGAGGAUCCACACAGGAGAGAAGCCGUAUGAGUGCAGGGACUGUGGGAAGGCCUUUACACACAGCUCCUCCCUUACCAAGCACCAGAGAACUCACAUGAGUAGACCCACUACAUGUGUGCUGGGGACAUAAGGAAGCCUUAAGCCAUAGCUCAUCUAUUCCUAGACUUGACCCAGUUGUACUCACGAGAAACAACACAUAUUCAUACAUAAGCCUUCAUACACAACAGACUCCUCAGGCAUCCUCAGAGACAUUGCAAUGAUGGAAAUGAUUUCCAUUCCCUGCACCUUUGAACACAUCUCCCUUCUCACACCCUGUAUGAUCCAGCCAUGAACUCUGCCCAUUCUCAGUGCCAGUCCACCUAGGGCUUCCACUUGCCCUCCAGAUAGCCCGUGUCCUUUUGAGUCCCAGCUCAGCAGCCUGUGGUCUAUACUUUCCAGACUCCCAACUCCAUUAGAGAAAUCUAGGCCACAUUCUUGUGCCUUCCAUCAGCUGCAUCUUUCUUGAUGGUCCAAGUCACUGCACCUUUGUAUGGGAGUUGAGACCUUUAGGACAGACCCACUGUCUCUGAUGCCUGAACCAGCCCAGCCUUCCCUGAGGUUAACCAUUGGGAAUAGUUAGCUGUAUUUUGCUUCUCUCUAGAAUAAGUCAUCCAUUUGUGUUCUUUACCACUGUUGGCCUAUAAAGAGACAUAAAGAUUUCAGGAGUUUUGCAGGGCCUUGCCUUGAAGGAAUAUGUGAACAUGUUAUUUCACAGAUUAAAAGCUGCCUCGCCUCGGGAGGGCUUCUCACAGAUCCGGGAGGGUUUUGUAUGGAGAUGUUGUCUCAGACCUGAACGCUGCUUGUGCUUGAUGCCUCUGUAAGACAAGGCUCAGUGUGUGGUCAUAGGUUGAGAACUGAUCAAAGAAUGCCCAUCUGACAGACACCUGCAGCUAGAGACAAUUGGCCUAAGGGACAGUUCCUGCUUCACUCCUGACUACUUGUCUCAAUCAACAAGAAACUAAAAAAAUAGAGAGGCUCUAUAUUUCUGUUUAGCCUUUCUGCUAAGUGAUAGUUUUAUCUUAGAAGUUUAUCUUAGAAAGAUUUUGUAACUAUUUGCUUACAUAGAUAGAGUUAAUUGAGGGAUCUCUAGAAACUUUUGGAGAGAUUUUAAACCUAAUUGAACUACCUGUUGUUAUGUAAAUCUUUUACCACUGGCAACUGACCGCUGCAAAUACUGAUGUGGGACUUCACUCGUGGCCUCACAGCUCAUGGGAAUCCUGGAGGACCCCAACUCCCUCACCUUUAUAAACUAUACUUUUUGUCUCUGUG